UAGUACUGUCAUCAUGCACAACUAACACAUCCUGAGCAUACAGAGCACCUCAUAGAACAGGAGUGGACCCAUUCAGACCCACUGAAGGGUUGUUGUUAUUCAGAUUCAGACAGACAUGUUACCAAAGACACGUCUGGGGAAGCGGUCUCCGCUCGGAGCUUUGGUGAGCUCCACCUGCCUUCAAGCGGGUACACAAACAGGCCAGGAGACGGGUGAGACCGGCGUCACCAUGGCAACAGCGCCAGGACAACAGGCGACCAGUAGACUCAAAGGUCAUCCUAUGCUAAAGGUGUAUUUUCAGUGUGGGGGAAGUGAGUCUUCAGGUGUGGUGGAUCAGCUGGACGUCAUGCAGACCAAUGUUUCGGUCUGGUCUUCAUCUCAUCCCUCCUCCUCCUUGGUUCCUCCGUCCUGCAUCAGAUCUGUCUCAUCCUGCAUCGAAGUCCCAAGAAGCCAGAGGAGUCCAGAGGAGGUGGACAUGGACGAGCUGAUGGCAGCGAUGGUUCUCAGCAGUUUGUCCUGCAGCCCUUUGCUGCACAGCCCCGCCCACCCGGACCCAACAGCUCCUCAGAGGGACAGUGGCGGCGGCGAGCUCUCUGACAGCGGCAGCAGCGGCUACUGGAGCGUCGGCCUCUGCAACGGAAGCCCCGCCCACUCUCCAUCAAUCGCAGAGCCCGAUCUGAGCCCAGCCUCGCCAUCCGAUGAAGGUCUGGACAUGGAGUUGGAGCAGGUGCUGUUCGACGAGCCGGUGCCACGGAGACGGCGGAACUCAGUCAAGGCGGCCUACAGGUGUUUGUGGCCGAGCUGUGGGAAGGUGCUGACAUCAGUGGUGGGAAUAAAACGUCACAUCCGGACCACUCACCUGUGCCGUGGCAGCGAACACGAGCGUUGUUCCCGCAGCGAGGAGGACUUUUAUUACACCGAGGUGAACCAGUGGGACCAGCAGCAGUCUCCUCCUCAUCCUCUCAUCUUCGGCCCCGCCCCCUUCUCACCUCCCAGCCCUCCCCCUCCCUCGCCUCCGUCUCCCCCUCCUCCAGCCUGCAGUCGCUCCGCCCCCUCCUCCGACAGCUUCAUGCAAGUCCAAUCAGAGCACUGCUACCAGGCUCCACCUCUCCGUCAUGUGACAUCAGCAGUAACUUUGAGCACCUGUCAUUGGACGGCCCCGCUCACCAGCAGCCUCAGCCAGGGUCCGGCUGUUCGAGUCCGUUUGGUCAGUGUUGGAGAGCAGUGGCUUCAUCAGAGCGCCCCCUGCAGGAGGAGUCGUGGUGAGGCCAAAAAGUGUCGAAAGGUUUAUGGCAUCGAGCACAGAGACCAGUGGUGUACGGCCUGUCGCUGGAAGAAAGCCUGCCAACGCUUCCUCAUCUGAACACAACGUCCAUGGAGAGAGGGAGGAAGAGGAGGAAGAGGAGAGAGAAGGAAGGACUGAAGGAGGAAGAGGAGGAAGAACAGAGAGAGAGAGAGAGAGGAAGGACUGAAGGAGGAAAAGGAAGAAGGACUGAGGGAGGAAGAGGAGGAAGAGGAGGAAGAACAGAGAAAGAGAGAGAGAGGAAGGACUGAAGGAGGAAGAGGAAGAAGGACGGAGGGAGGAAGAGGAGGAAGAGGAAGAAGGACUGAAGCAGGCGCUCUGUUUCAGCCUCACCUGCUUGAUGUUUUAUUCGUUCUUGUAUUUCUCCACCAGGAAUGUUUUUCUCUAUUUUCUCUUUUAUUCUUUCUUUCUUUUCUAGAAAUGUCUUUUCAUUUUGAAUGUGUGUAUUCCGUAGAAGUCGUGUCCUGACUUUGCUUUUUGAUGAACACAUUGGGGCAGCUAUGAUGUGACCUUUGACCUUGAAGCAGUCGAGUUUUUGAGCUCCUGUUUAAUAGACGGUUCACAUGAAUACUCAGUUACCAUGGUAACACUCAGUUUGGGAUUUGUUGUGACCAGAUUAUUCAGAUUUACAGAUCAAAACAUGUGAGCCACCGUUUCUACAGGAGCCUGACGAGGACAAAAUACUGCAUUCCCAUUUUAGAGCGGCUUCAAAAGACCACAGAGUGAUUUCACUUUGUUCCUGUGUACAUUCAUGAAAUAUAUAAAAAGAAAUAGCAGGUAGUUUGUGGCAAAUAUGAAUAAUGAUUAAUAAUAUUGUUCAUAUUAAUUUCAGAGAAGUAUUCCCAGUCGUUCUGACAGUAGUUCAGGAAAAUGCUGAACAUCACAACAGUUUGUUAUAAACAUGUAUAAAAUGUUUUAUGCUGCUUUAAGGCAGAAACAGGCUGGAAUCAACAGACUGCUGUCUAACCCGAACUCUAACCCAUGCAACGUUUAGACAUGCUACGUCUGGUCAUCUUUUUUUAAAGGAGGUUGAACUAUGACGUCUUUUCAGAUGUUCAGCUCUCAGAUGUUAAACAUCUCUUUGCAGUAAUUGCUCUCUAUUUUUAUUAUCGCUAUUGUUUGUUAAUGAGCAGUGUAAUCAGCAUCAUUGUAAUCAUAUUUUUUUAAGAUGCACUCUUUUAUACAUGAUAUGAAAUCCUGAUGUUGGUAUAGUAAACUGAGAAAGCUGAUUCUGGAUCAUUUUGUCUAGUUUGGACUUUAAUAACGGUGUUUUGAUCAAAGCA